CCUGGCGAAAGCUUUUCUGCUGGCAUCGAUUCGGACUGGAGAUGCCAUGGCGGAGGACAAGCAGCGCCGGCAGAAGUUAUGGAAAAGCAUGCAGCAGAGAGGCAUCCAGAAGUUCAUGCAGCAACGGCCCGCUGACUUCCGGCGCCGCGCGCGCAAGGGCAUCCCCCCGGAAUACCGCGCCGAGGCGUGGAAGGCAGCCUUGCAUGCAGAUGCUCAUGCAAAGCCAGGUCUUUAUCAGGGACUUCAGAGGACAGAGAACGAGUUCAUCCACCUCAUAGAGAUUGAUAUCCCCCGGACCUUCCCGGAAGAGCCCAGCUUCACCAAAGCCCAGCAGAUGAGCCUCUUUCGCAUUCUGAAGGCCUAUGCGAACCUUUGCCCUGACGUUGGCUAUUGCCAAGGCAUGAACUUUGUGGCGGGGCUCUUGCUGCUGGUUGCCCAGGGCGGGCUCUUCGGUGAAAGGGUGCAGCCUGAAACGGAAGAGGAGACAUUCUGGAUGUUCUUUAGUCUCAUGGAAUGUGGUCAAUUGAACGGCUUCUACCGGCGGCAGUUCCCACUGCUGAAACGGUACCUUUGGGCCUUUGACGAGCUGAUUGCCACCUUCCUCCCAGAAUUGAACGAGCACUUCUGCAAGGAGAACCUGCAGCACGCGGUCUAUUUGCAUCAAUGGUUCUUGACGCUCUUCAUCAGCAGCCUGCCGCUGCCCAUGGUCCUCGUCAUUUGGGAUGCGAUCAUUUGCGGUGGACUGCAGGAACUCUUGCCCAUCUCCUUGUCAGUUUUGCAGCUGCUGCGCUCGACACUUCUGGAAAUGAAGUUCGAAGAAAUUGUCAGCUUCUUCAAGACCAUGCGCUGCAGGGAGCAGGAGGACACCGACUUCGAGAGCAUCGGCCGCAUCGCCGUUUCGGGCAGCGAAUCGAUCCGCAUUCCGGACGAGGUGGCGGAGGUUCUGCACAGGCCGCUGCCAUUGCGGACAGAUGACAUGAUGGAGCGCACACCGCAGUCGCCACCUCGGAAGAUCACUGACUCAGAUGAGGAUUUUGCUGCAUCUAUCCCUUCUCCUUGCAGCACAGGCGCCACCAGCAGCGAAGGAGGAGCAUGGGACUACCUGCGGCAGUUCAAGCGCCUGAACCAUGGGGUCCUCAACUGGUGGACGGACACCAGGGAGAACCUCCAGGGCUGGGGAUCCUCGUUGCGGGAGGAACCAUCUGCGAUGUGGACUUAGCCCAGGCAGGAUGUAUAUAAGGAAACGCCCUUCGCGAGCUUUACGCCUUAUGGAGACUCGUGAUCGGCUGGCAUGAGAUCAACCGUGGCAUCGACAGUGGCCGAAAGACAACUGGUG